CUGUUUUGUAUUUCUCUAAGUGAAUGUUAUAUUCUUUUUGGAGAAAUAAAUUCUUAAAUCAUAAUCCAUAAUAACGUUAUGGCAACUUCGACUAAAUUUAAGCAAACAAAUAUUUUGACCCUUUCACCUUUACCACAAUUUCAAUGCAGCUCGCCAAAAGGCCACCUUGUAGCAGUGUCUGUCAUUUGCAUUAAGAAAUGACGUCACGCUGGGCUGUCCGCAGCAGGCCCGGGCCUAAGAAGAUCUCCUAUUUAUGUCAUUUCCCUCGCAUUUUAUGGUACCUCAUUCUUCCAGUGGCUGGUAGCUUCACUUUCCUUCCAGCUAUUUGAUUUUAUGGCAUCAUUUAGAGAUUCCGGGGCUCAGUAAUGAACUUUUAUAUCAGUCCGGGUAAUAUUUCUGAGAUGCCGAAUAAGAAUAAUAUUAAAUAGGAUGACUUUUGUUCCUCCAGUUCCUUGUUUUAUCGUGGCAGAUAUCGUUGUCAGUAGGAACUUGGAAUAGGCUUGAAUUUUCUAAGAUAAUAAAGGGUGUCAAAAUUAAUUAGUAAAACAAAUACACUUUAAUUAGACCGAUAUUGAUAAUGUUUUGAGGUAGUAAAGGCCUAUUCGAACCAUCAUAAUACGUGAAAUUAUAUAUGUAGUAUUAACACUGUCGUUUUAGUUUUAACAAUGCCGUACUUAUCCGAUCCAUCUCGCGUUUAGAGCUAAUGCCUAGUAAUUUAUGCUACGAGUAGGUGUAUAUAUUAAAGUUUGGAUAACACCGUGUACUUGCUCGAUUGUUUUAUAUCACAAAAUAUCGUUUUUUAAUUCGCAAAUUUACUCAGAAUCGAACCCGAACUCACCAUCCCUUGGCACCGGCCAACCCUGCGGUUUUAUAAAAAGCGCUCCAUCGGCCAUUCGCCCUUCAGUUACUCCCCAUCUCGCAGCACCAUCAGUCUUCAUGUCCACAAUGCGGGAGGCAUUUGUUUCAAUCCUGCUGUUAGUCGCCGCCGCCGACUGCUCGGACCUCGGGAAAGACGUCAAUUACUAUAAAGAUUACCUGCGUGCGCGCUCAGAUGAGGUGCCAGAAGGCCCAGCGAUGGCGGAUCGGCUAUAUUUCUAUCGGACGCCACUGCAACUGUACCCGGGAUUAUUGCCGGUAUUAGAACAGGAAUAUAGGAAGAGGACAGGAAAUGUAUUCAAAAAUCAUAUGCUAAAUAAGGAUUCAUUGCUGGAAGCGCUGGUACCUGAGAAGCGAAGCUCGAAAACUGCCCUGUCGGCGAUGUUACAAGGAAAACAUGCAUUACCCACGGAUGAAGGGCAUUAUUGCCCAUACGGAAAAUAGAGAGAAGGUGGUAAUAGAAUAGAGUAUGAUCAGGGUGAGGACCACGAUCAGGACAACGCGGAUUUUAUAGCGGAAUAAGACGUAGUUACCUACAAAUAUUACAUGUUGUGUUGUGUUAAUCAGAAUAAUGUUUGUUAUUAAGAAUAUGCGACCGGUACAUGGUAUGACUUUUUAUCGCUGGACGUGACAAAUAGAACUUUUUAAUAUAAAAUAUGCAUAGACUAAUAUAGACUAUACUUGCAACUUGUAUAAUGAAGUGAAAUAAAACUGUAGUUACUGAGUAAUAAAAUGGAGUA